CAUUUAUAAGUCAUUUUUUGACUAAUCAAGAUGUUUUACUACCCAAAUGUCCUCCAACGCCAUUCUGGCUGUUUCUCCACAAUUUGGCUGGCAGCUACAAAAGGCGUCAAAGUGACUCGUAGGGAGCUCCUCAGAGUAAAUGUGAAGAAAACAUGUGUGGACAUCUUGAACUACAUCACAGCUCAGGUCCCUCCUCCGCAGCAGAACCUCCCAAAGCCACGAUUCUCCCUGUAUCUGUCGUCUCAGCUGCAGUACGGCGUCGUAGUGGUUUAUCACCGGCAGUGCGGCUUUCUGCUGGAUGAGAUCCAGCAGAUUAUCGACCGCCUUCUCCGCUCCAAAAAAAGUGUCCCUAUUGACAUACCGGCGUCCGACAGGUUAGCGCUGGAUCUCCCUGAUAACCUCUGUAUGAUGGAGCAGGCCGAGGGAGCGCUGGACCCUUUCUUUGGGUUAAUGGAGUCUCAUCAACUUCCAAGUCCAUACAAGGUCAACCAGCCAGGUUUGAUGAUUGAGGACCUCAGCGCUGAACUCUCCCUGGAGCCAAGUUCCCACAUCACAUCUGAGGCAGAAGGGUUCAGGUCCCCUCCGACCUCCAUCACGCUGAGGGAGAAGGAGCAGUUUGUCCUGGGCAGUGCUGAGCAUUUUGAAGGAGCAGAUCUUCCUGAAGCCACAAACCGAGAGUUGGACUUGUUGAUGGACGAGCGAGACCAGUUUAGACACGAUUUGGAGGAGCAGUUGGGAGACGGCAAAGACAGGAGCAGAGACCUCAUGUCGUCCAUUGACCAGUUGAGGGAGUCCGUGGUGGGGCCACAUCGGGACAGUGUUUGGCUGCAGGACGAGGACAUGGGUCAGACAGAGGAGCAGCCAAAGGCCCCUCUGCCCCAAGAGAUGACCCCCGUCCACGUGAAGAUGCCCAGCUCCCCCACCACCGGGGCAGAAGAGCUCAUCGCUCGUCCUGUUCAGAAACCGGGCGGACCUCGCAAACGUCAGCUCGUUUUUGCCGAUCCUGAAGUCCAGAUUUCGAACAAAGAAAUGAAAGAGCGGAUAGAGAAUCCUCAGGCAGAGACCCUGAAUCUGUCUGACGUCUUGGUGAACUUGGCCUUUGUGACCAAGUACUCCACUCCUGCAAAACUCUUCAGCGCCCCCUGUGGAAACCUGAUCCACUUUGACCUCAAGGCUCUUUGGAAAACCAGCGCCGUGCUCACGUCCAUCACUGAACCCGAGGAGGAAGAGGAGCAGGAGAGAGAGAUCAUGAUGACGGAAGGGAAGAAGAGGCACUCAGCCAUGAAGGAGAUGUCCAGUGACUCGGGACUUCAGCCUGUGGACAGAUCAUCAGCAUCAGACCUGGUGCUGGACGGGUCUAAAGAGGACGUCUUCACCCCUGUGAGCCGAUGGUCGCCUCAGGAGGAGCUGCAGCUCGUGAUGGAGCCCAUCGCAGAAGAAAACAUCGAGAUGCCUGAGGAGCAGAGGGAGGAUUGGAUCUGUUCCCAUCUGCAGAGAUCUGGACAAGUCACCUUUGACUCACUGCUGCCCCCAAAGGCCGACCGCAGCACUGCAGCUCACACACUCUGCAGGCUCCUGGAGCUGCUCUCUGCUGGACGAGUGAAGGCACAACAGGCCGAGCCGUACGACCAGAUCCUCGUCUGCUCAUCAUGA